AUGAGUCCUUCUCAUCCUUUUCAUCCUGUUCUGUCUCUAGUUCUCUCUUCUCCCUCUUGUCUACCCUUCAUCAACCUCCUUCUCUACUCCUUCUACUUGGACCCCAACUUCAUGUAUUACUCGUAUAUUACUCGUGUAUUACUAAGAGUAGUUCAAUCUGAAAAUGUCGUUGAACACAUAGUAAGAGUUUCCGUCUGGAAUCAAGUGGAACACCUGGGAGUAACGUUGCGCGUUCUGUUCCUCGUCAAUCAACAACUCACCGGUCACCAUGACCAAAAUGUCGCCGUUUGGAGAUCCUGGUUGGGCGUCCAAGGUGGAAAUGCGGUGGGCCACCUUCUGGAAAGGCAACGAAACCAACUUCUCCACAAUGUCCUUGGCACCUUGCAACUGCGAGGUUUCGAAGGUCAACAUGGAUUGGUCUCUGUACAAGUUGCCCAAUUGGUUUCUGUCAGAGUCAAAUUGUUGGUAGUAGAAGUUACAGAACUCGGUGGCCACGGUGUUAAAGUCGACUGCAGGUUAGUACGGAACCAGAAAACGGGAACAUCAUUUGCCCGUUGUAUUUUCGUCUCCUGUGGUUCAUUUUACAUACCAGACAUGAUAGAGUGUUUACUUAGAUCGUUUAGAAGCGUCUUUUUUUCUUUUUCUUCUCCCGAGUGA